CACCUCUCCUUCAAGUCAGCACCGACCCAAACAAGCAGGAAACAGGAAACGUUCACGUUUCUGCGGGGCUGAAACUGCGCGCAGCAUCACGAUGCCGGGGCGCGCGGAUCCCCAGGCUGCCCGCGCCGCCCUCGUCUUCGCCCUGGUCAUCGCGUUCCUCCCCGCCCGCCAGGCGCAGGAAAUGGAGGAAACAGAACUGUCAGCAGAAAUGCCCACAGACAUGGGAAGCUCGGAUGAAGAGGUUACGACUCCAAACGUAUAUGAUGCGGUGACCACAGAAAUAUUCACUGUCAGUAUGAGUUAUACCCUUAUUGAUGAAGAUGCAGGCCAAUUACAGUUUAUAUUAAUGGGGUUGAUCCCAUCGAUUUUAUUGGCCAUCCUACUUUUAUCUGUUAUACUCUUUGUAGUAUACCGUAAAAGAAAAAGGAAUAAACAAGAGCCCUCUAGCCAAGGAUCUCAUAGUGCUUUACAGACAAAUGACCUGGGAAGUGAAAACAUGAAACUCCCUAUUUUUGAGGAAGACACACCCUCUGUGAUGGAAAUAGAAAUGGAAGAGCUUGAUAAGUGGAUGAACAGCAUGAAUAGAAAUGCCAACUAUGAGUGUUUACCUACUUUAGAGGAAGAAAAGGAACCAAACCACAGCAACCCAAGUGACAAUGAAUCCUGAAACUGAAUGAUGCUAAUGUUUUCCAAGAGAAAGCAGCCCCGGAGGGAGCCUGCUGGGCCUGCCAGCAGAGGAUGAAGAGGAUCCGAAUUUAAUUAAUUUCAAAUCAAUGUAAACACAAGAACCUUUUGCUGUUGCUUCCAGCGCCCACUCUUCCAAUGCCCAGUGCAUCACCUGUACUUGGAAGAAUGCUCGAUGGAGAAGUGCUAGGCAAAGGCGUGGCUGCCAUCCACCCGAGGGUGGAGGAGCCAUAAGAUGCAGUCAGCGCUUAUCAGUGGGUGUUCCCUCCGCUCAGCCAACCUCUAGGUGACUGUACCAUCACCCUGGCCAAGCUCUCAAGUCCUUGUUACCUUUCUGCUUCAUUCCUCAGGGUACAAAUCAGGAAGCUGUCUAUGGUUUCCUUCUGGGUCACCUUGCGACCUAGCUAGCUUUGGAUAGUUUCCUCUCAUCAGUUAAGUUCUCUGGUAGGUCAAUUACAUUCAGUGGGAACUUUGCUCAAGGUGAGUUAUGUCAUGGAAUAGACAGUAAACAAAGCAAGUGUUUCAAUGUGGACACCAUCCCAGGGGAUGGGUAAGCUCAUUUCCACCUGCCAUGAGACACAGUGUGAGAGCCCACAGUCCUGAAGGGAUGCUGUUUGGGGACGUGUCGACCCUGAGUUGGCCAGGUGAGGGAGGAAUGGAAUUCUCAGUGAAAGAGCAACUGUUUUCCUUCUCGGAGAAAGUCAGCUGCUUGUUCACAUUUCCCCACGGCUCAUCCCUGCCCUCCCCACAACCCCCUUGCGUGUGAUGUAUGGAUAGAUGAGUGCAGCUGGGCCUCCUCUGCCACCUUCUGUGUCUCUGAGAUCUUUAAGGUUGUUUGGAACAAACAGAACAGCAAUAGGCUCUGCCUGUGGCCGAGGCAGGUCCCCUUCCUCAUACUCAGGGUCUUUCCUGCCAGCCUGACCAGGGCUCGUGUCCUCAACGCAGCUCCCAGGAGGCCACCGCCGGUCAUCAGAGAUGACAUUCUACGUGACAUUUGUUGACAUCCUCCUGCUAGAAGCAAUGGUGCAAAAUGCAGAAGGGCCGAGUUAUCACUCCCACUCACGUCAAAUCAAUCGCCAUUUAAUCCUUAAUUUUCCAAUUCUGACCUUUAAAGCAAUCUAGCAAAUUAGGAGCCCUCAGCUCUUCCAUGGCACCAGAUGUUUUAUUCCAGGAAAGAAACAAAGAAUGAAAACUGUACCUUAACUCCCCGCAUAUAAACUGAGGAGGGGUUGAAGUUCACCAAAUAUUUGCUGCUGUUAUUUGGGGUCUUGUGUUUGAAAGCCUGCCUUAAUGCAUAACAAAAACAGUCCUUUUUUUUCCAGAAUCCCUUUAACCAGCACUUGCCUUCCAAACUAUGCCCACAAUUUUAAAGGCAGAGUUCCAAGCCAGGGAGGUCUUUCCACUGCAGUGAAAGAUAGAACUAUCUGGCUGUGUUUAACCACUGCUCUUAUGCCAUCCCGGGAUUGCAAAGAGCUGUGGCAAAAGACAGUUUUCAUGGUACAGAACCACAACAGAUCUGUCUGUUGUAUUCUCUUUAGCACAUCCUAAUAUGGCAUUUUUGUUUUCAUUGCUGUUUUGCAUGUUCAUAUUCAACUUGUGGUCCAUAGUGACUCUCAAGAUAUUUAUGCCAAAAUUGCUACUUUCCAAAUCAUCAUUUCUGGCUGUUUUGUUACUUUGUUUCUCAUCCACAUUUUGACUCUGUAAAGAGUCUCUUCUUUCUCUAGGUAGCUAAGAUUUUUGCUGAACUUUUAGGCCUGUAAGCGUCAUCCAACCCUAUCAAAUAAUGGACUUUAGCGGUUCAGAGAAGGAUAGGAGGUCUUGGAGUCUCACUUUGAUGAAGUGAUAUUUUAUGAUAUGGUAAAGAUAUUCUCAUUCAGUAUUUGAAAUGACUUCAAAUUCCAGAAGAAACAAACUUCAGCAAUAUGUCAUUGCGUUUAUAUCUGAAAAAUGUACUGACCUCUAUAGUUGCAUAAUGUGCAAAGCACUUUAAAAAAAGAGUUUAUUCUGGCAAGAUAUAUGAUAUUAGUAUGAGUCAAAACAGCCAAAGUUCAAUUCUAGCGCUCUGUAUCUUUUUAUUACUGUCUGGUCAAGAGGCGUCAUAGAUUAUGGUCAUUCCAAGAAUUGUUUUUAAACCUAAACUUAAUUUUUAUGUUUCAGAUUAUUGUUAGUAAAAAUCUUAAUAAUUUGCCCUAAUUGGGUAGCCAAUCAGAGCAAAAUCUGACAUUAGAAUAUUUUCAAAUGUGUAAAUUUUAUCUUAUUUUUGUACAUAUUAAGUAAGCUAAGUUAGCAACAUUGCCUUGUUGAACUCCUCAGGAAACUUGUUGUAAUAAAUAUGUGAAAAUCUCAGUCUUAACUCAGUGAUGUGACUCCUCUCUCUCGGAAGGUCAUUGUCAUCCAAACAGCGAACACAUAGCAUGCAUCAGUCUUGACAUCCAUGGGGUGACAGAUGCUUCUGAUCACCCUUGUAGCUCUAGCAAUGUAAACGGGUGCUUUAAAAAAUACUUUUGUCUAUUCAUUUGUUUUGGUUGUUUAAACUAUCAGUUUUCACCAUCUCUGUAAGAAGGCCCUUAUGCUGAGUAAACAUAAAGUGUACACAUUAGUUUCAACUUCUGUCAGAAUUAGUACAUAUUCUGAAUAUA